AUGUCUGUUCACCCUACCGAAGAAGUUCCAGUUCUCCAACUCUGCGGCAAAGAUGACUGCCAACUGUCAUUUGCGAGUGCAAAUGAGCUCAAGAAGCACCAGAGAUUAGUUCACCAGACUCAUGUGACUUGCGCUCUUUACGGCUCGGUGCAGACCUUAGUUGCUAUCCCUAGAGGACCAGACGGCACAUUUGCCUGCCCGACCGAAAACUGUACUGAAACAAGCAACGACCCGGUCCGUAUCCAAAGGCAUGUCAAAAAUUGCGACCCUGCUGCUUUAGCUGUCAAAAGGGACAUGAUAGCUCCACCUGAUUCUAAAUGUACCCUUGUGCCGAUACAAGAUCAAGUGAUUGUGAUACCGGAGUACUCCAAGUGGUUGGGAUAUAACCGCUACGCCGAGAUACUCAUUUGUCUCAAAUGCCAUACGGGGGUUCCUCCGAAUGAGGUGGAGUCACACAUGGCCCAUACUCACAAGGAGAAAAUUGUUGAAGCCGAUAUCAGGCGUGACUACCUCACCCAUGGCAUACUGCUGCCCGACACCUCACCCAAAUAUCCUCCAAGAACUAGUCAUCUGGAAGCCUGUGACCCUGUGCAAGGCCUUCUGAUGUACCUUGGUUACCUCUGUACUGUCAAGACGAAUGGCAACAUCUGUGGAUAUACGACUUACAAGGAAAAGACAAUCCAUGCGGAUGGUAAAUGGAGCAAGAAUUGCCAACGAAACUAUGUACAGCACUUAACCAAGCCAGUCAUCAGCUACUUUUGUGUCAACUAUCGACCACCGUCCCCUUCCAUCGUGGAAGGCCACCAAGCCAAAGAAGUUAUACAAGGCCAAGACGACCGACCUACUUAUUGGAUCAAAUUCGGAAAAGUGUUGGCCAAGAUGAAGCAGGGCGUUCAAGGUGAAGGUGAGGCUGAGCCUCACCCAUCCUUGAUCAGUAUCUAUCUACAGAUUUCUGGCGUUUAUCAACACAUACAGCUUUGCAAGAACUUGUUUCCCACCCCAUCUGUCAACCUCUACAAUUUGAUUCACUUUGAGGACGAGGCAGCCGGGUGGUUACCCCAUGUCACGGCUUGGAUGUCUAGCCGUAUGGAAGGUUUGAAGGACUUACACUAUGGACUUAGAAAGGAAGCCACUAUGGAAUCUACGGACAAAGAGGCCCCAACUGUGGGCUUAUCCCCACUUCAAGAGAAACGAACACGGGAUAGGUAUUCACAAACAGUCACAGCCCUUCUGGUCUUUACGUGGAAGGCUUCGGGAACUCCAUUGGCUUCUUUCUGGUCAAAGAAGCAAUCGCAACUCGCCAUCACAAUGGAAGCCUUGGCGAGGUGCCUGAACGAUACAACUCCACCGCCCGCAAACCUGACUCAAAAUCUCUUGGAUCAGGCGAUGUUUCACUUCAUCUCUUUCUCCUGCUCAUUGGCUAAACGCUCCCGUAUCCAAUCAGCCCUCGAACAAUUUAUCGCACUCUCCAUGCUCAAGGAACACGGCACUUUCCAUCAACCUCGGGAGAUGACCCACAAUAUUGCAGCCGUGCAAUAUGCUAUUCGACUUGGGACCAUGUUCAGCUGGAUUACCAAUAUCGAAUCAGAAGAAGAAUUGGAAGACCCUAACGAUCCAACCAACGAUGCUGAACUAAGUCUUAUGAAGGCACAUUUCUCUUGGAUAUCCAGCCAAUCUCGAGCUUCACCUUUCCAGACACUUCGGGACUGGAUGCGAUUGGCAACUAGUGUCAUUAUGAAUCAACAAUUACCCAAUUCCACCCGCUGGGCAGACUCGGAGAUGACAAAACUAGUAGUAGGAACCUCGACUAUCACUAUUAUUGGCAUUCAAACCGCCCUCCGUGCUACCAUGACUGCACUCUCCACACAAUUCCAAAUGAUCCUCAAUGGUGCCACCUUGCCAGAUUUCUUACCAUCCAAAUUCGAAGACCACUUGGCUAACAAUGCCUUGCACUACAACUAUUUAUCAACCUCAUCAAACAACCAACUAUUUGAAUACGAGCUGCUCCACGAUUGGGUCAAUAGCGCCGAGGAGGGCAGCCGUGGCAUCCUGGCGGACAACUGGCAGGAAGUUCUCGAUCAACCUGAAUUUAACCUGAACGAGUUCUUUUCUCCCCCUAGUGCUUGGAGGUGGCUUGAAAAUGUAGACACUUUGCUUGAGAUGAUCUACUUUAUCUACCACGUUGGAUGUGGCCAACCAGCAAGGGGAACUGAAGAGACUUGUAUGCUGCUUCGAAAUUCAAACUCCGCUCCUAGGAGUGUGUACUGGAGAACAGAUAGGAUAAUGCUCCAGACCUGGUACCACAAAGGGCAGAACGUCUCCCAUCGCUCCAAACCUCGCCAAGUUUACCUGACUGGAGAAUUAUCCAUGCAGCUGCAUAAUUAUUUGGCCUACAUCAGGCCGGUCCAAAUCUUAAUCCUGCGUGCACUAGAUCAACAUGAAGUAGCAAGAGAUAUGGAAGACUUUCUCUGGAUGAGCUCUAGGCGUGGACGAUUAGAAACUGAAGACUUUACUCGCAUUCUCAAGAAGCAUUUUUCUCGCGGUGGUUGUGAUGCCUUAGGGAUCCGGUCAUGGCGACAGGCCUCUGUCAGUAUUACAGCGGCGCACCUCAGCAAGAGACUACCCACGCAAGUAUUGGCCGACACCCUAUCUAAUCGAGAAGACCUCGAAGAAGAAAUGGGACUUCAUAACGUGAUGGAUCUCCAGAGGAACCAUACCUCUCAUACAGCAAACCUACUCUAUGGCUUUAGCAGUGGCUCUGGUGUGGUGCGGGAUGCCGAAACUAAUUUCAUGAGGGCUAGUGAGGUCUGGCAGUCUUUUUGGGGGAUUGAAUCCCACUUGGCUUUCAAUGAGCCUCUCUUGCCAGUUCCUGCCUCUCUUGCACCUCCUGAGAAAGCUAGGCAGGCACUCACAAUCUUCACCCACGACCCUGAUGCCCGCUUUCGUACAAGCUUCCAGCACAAGUGGCUAACCAACCUCUUUGAAGAUGACCUCCAUGACUUUUUAGUAGUGGCUCCAACUGGAGCAGGGAAAUCUUUGGCAUUCUGCUUGCCCCCUUUGGUCUUCCGGGACGAACGCCUCAUUCUUGUUCAACCACUGAAAGCUCUAGUGAGCCAGACACUCAAAGACUUGGAGAAAUUGGAUGGGGUUCGAUAUCAACUAUACAGGGAAAACGACAUCAUAGACCCUCAUGCUCAAAUCAUAGUUGCUCUCUCGGAUGACGCAGCAUCAGUGGACUUUCAUAACCAGCUACGAUCAAACCUUCCCACCCGGAUUAUCAUUGAUGAGUGUCAUACAUUCCUAGAAGACACUUACCGCAAUUAUCUCCCUGGUGUGGUGGCUCUGGGACAACUCUGUAGUCAGCUGGUUCUUAUGACGGCCUCACUCCCUCCAAAAAAAGAAAAUCAUUUGAUAUCAAACAUCUUCAGAAGGAGGACUAUGAUUACCCACCGGGCUUCCACCUUUCGACCCGAGCUGCAGAUCGAGAUACACCGCAAUCCUGUCAUCCCUCAAGACCUACCCAAUCUUUGUUCGCUCCUCAUAUCCACAUACCUCCAGAAGCAAGAAGACCGUGCAAUGAUCUUUAUCGAAAAUCGUGACCUUGUGACCUCCAUUGCUGGCUCACUCAAUCUGCCCUACCACCACUCUGGCUUAAAUGACUCUGAGAGGGAGCAAAAUUCUCAACUAUGGCUCCAGAACAACAAGGGCACCAUUGUGGCCACCAGUGGCUUUGGUGCUGGUAUUAACUAUCCACACGUUAGACUGGUGGUCAUAUAUGGUAUCCCCAACCAAUUGGAAGCUAACAAAGCUUAUCAGCAAAUCGGUCGAGCAGGACGGGAUGGGCAACCAGCAAGAAUCGAGAUUGUUGCCAAAACCACAGAUAUAUGGCAACCCAACCAUACUGUGAUGGACGAAUUCAAGAAGUUACUCAUGAACCCCUCUCGGUGUCCUGCCCAAGUCUUUUCGCAGUAUGAAGAUGUUGAUGUGAGGUCCUGUCACAAUUAUCCCCAACAUCAUUCCUGCUCAGUUUGUACAAAAUUGAGCAUCAACUUAGGUGAGACCACACCUUAUGAAAGUGAAGAACGCCCAACCUUAUCAGUAGCUAGUGGUUCAGAUGACAAUCAAAGCUCAGAAACUCCCACGCCUGUUGCAAUUCAAGUACCCGGGAGGCCAAAACGAACCAGGAGCCCUGAGGUGCCUUUGACUCGUGCAAACAUGCAAGUUAUGGAGCCGCAGAAUAUUCGAAAAGUUGCACGCAUUGCUGAAGAAAAAAGAGUCCAAGGCCAAUCAGCACCAUCUUCCAGUAAAACCAUUGCAAAUACGUUGGACUCAACCCAUGCUCAAGGUGAAGCGGCCAAAGUGGAGUCACAAUACCAGAUACUCGCCGACUUUAUUGUUAAGGCAAAAGGUACCUGUCCUGAAUGCUACUGUAGACGUGGUGAUUUCAUCAAGCACUUCUCUGGGGAGCGAUGCAGGGAGAAGCAUGGGAAAUGUCUUAGGUGCCGUUUGGACCAAAAUGGGCCUGAUGGACAUGGGGUCAAAAGCUGCCCAGCCAUGUCUUUAUCCUCUUCGGUUGGCGCAGGUACUAGGGGCCGGUCUUUCCAGGUCUGCUACAGGUGUGCUUUACCCAGUGGUAAACAGGAUCGCUUUGGCUUCCACCCCGAAAACAAAGUUAUGAAUCAAUGUGAUAGUAAUUUUGAUGGAAUAGCCGAAGCAGUGGGUUGGUACCUCUACCGGGAGGAACCUGCAGUCUUGGGCUCUAUUUUCCCAGGAAUUGAGGAUCUGUCGGCCAAGGAAUACUCCAUUUGGAUGGGUGUAACCGAUGCUACUCAUGGCCCUGCACCCUGGCCAAAUAUCAUCAAACUAGUGGUUGCUUUCAUUGAGAAUAGGUCUCGGGAGACGUAA